AGGUGCACCUUACCGUGCUCUUUUAAGGUUGACACCUUAUACAAACCUCUUGGCCCAGAUCGCUUGUCCCAUAUCAGUAAAGAUCUAUCAGCCCAAACCAUUGGUCCCAAAAUCACUAAAGAAGCUAUUUACAGAGAGGAACAGAUAAACCAGUGAAGAAUUCAUACAGUUUCCUGUCAUAGAAUAGAAGAUAUACAGAAAAAUAUUUCUCAGAGAUGUCCUGGAUCAGCUCUCCAUCAUGUUUCUCACCUUCCUCUUCAGAGCCACCACUUUUCACAGGAUUUUCAGAAGCUUUCCUCUGGUUUCUUCUUCUCUCACCAUGCCCACAAUUCGCUCUAGUCUCCUCUGUACAUCUCAUUUUCCUGAUGACCUAUCUUGUCUUGUCUUUAAACAAGCAUAAAAAUCUUUUUGAGAAGAACCACAUGCCACUUUCCUCCACUAGAGCUGUUAAAACCAGUUUCACAUUCAAACUGAGCUUAACUCUGACCUCUCUAUUCUCAAUUGUUUAUUUCAGUCUCUCUCUUUGGAUCUUUUUCUUGAGAAAUGUCGAUAAUUCAUGGAAACUGGAGCUUGGGGUCCUUUGGUUGAUCUUAUCGAUCAGUUAUCUAGCAUUUCUUAUCAUCCUCUUGCAUCAGAAAAGGUAUAGAUCGACAGUUCAUCCGCUGUCAAUUCGACUUUGGUGGGUCUUGAGCUUUCUGCUUGGUGUUUUGCUCUCUGUCUCAGCAUUCAACCGAUUAGUCCUCCAUAGCCCAAACGAUAAUCGCGAGCUAUGGGUUGGAGACAUAUUAACACUUGUGUCUCUCUUGUUAAUGCUUUUCUCUCUCAUUGCCAUUAAAGGAUCCACAGGUAUAAUUCUUAUGGAGAGUUUGAAAGAAGAAGAGAGAGAGGGGAAACUGAGAGAGCCUCUUUUAUCAGAAGCUGACAACAUUGAUAAUGGGAUUAGUACCAAAGUUACUCCUUAUAAGUCAGCUGGGUUUCUCUCUAGAGCUACAUGGACAUGGAUGAAUGGAUUGUUAAAGAAGGGCUAUGAAUCUCCAUUAAAAUUUGAAGAUGUGCCUGCUCUUGCACCAUCAGACUCUGCAGAAUCCAUGUAUAAGUUCUUCGAAUCGAACUGGCCCAAAAUUGACUCUAAAAAACCAGUGAGUUCUACCUUGCUCAAAUGCUUUUGGCCCCAUCUCUCCUUCACUGCUGCCUUAGCUAUACUUCGCCUCCUCGUAAUGUUUGUUGGCCCAUUUCUCAUCCACAGCUUCGUGGAUUUCACUUCAGGGGAGAGAAACUCUCCCUAUGAAGGCUAUUGCCUGGUUUUGAUAUUGUUGGUUGCAAAAUUCAUUGAGGUUUUGAGUGGUCAUCACUAUAAUUUCCAGUGCCAAAAGCUUGGAAUGCUUAUAAGAUCCACUCUCAUAACAUCUCUCUAUCGGAAAGGCCUUCGCCUCUCUAGCUCUGCUCGCCAAGACCACGGGAUAGGCCAGAUUGUGAACUACAUGGCUGUUGAUGCCCAACAGCUCUCCGAUAUGAUGCUCCAGCUUCAUUGUAUAUGGCUGGUGCCUCUUCAGAUUGGGGUUGCUCUGGUUCUCCUUUAUGCCUUAUUGGGAGCACCAGUUGGGUUUGGCCUCCUUAGUACGAUGGCCGUGGUGGUGUUUGUUUCGAUUGGUAGCAAGAGAAACAACAGGUACCAAUUCAACCUGAUGAAGAUGAGGGACCUCAGAUUGAAGGCCACAAAUGAGAUGCUAAAUCACAUGAGAGUGAUCAAAUUUCAGGCAUGGGAGACCCAUUUCCACGAGAGGAUCAAUGGCCUGAGAAAAUCAGAAUUCGGGUGGCUCACCAAGUUCAUGUACUCAGUUGCAGCCAAUGGAGUAGCUCUUGGGAGCACCACAUCUCUCGUCUCGGCCUUGACGUUUGGAGCUUGCAUUCUAAUGGGUGUCGAGCUUAAUCCAGCCCGAGUUUUUACUGCAAUUUCUUUCUUCAAGAUAUUGCAGGAGCCUAUAGGGAACUUUCCACAAGCCUUAAUAUCACUUUCUCAAGCCAAAGUUUCUUUGGAUAGGUUGGAUAAGUAUAUGAUCAGUAAGGAAUUAGAGAGAGAUGUGGUUGAGAGGGUGGAUUAUGGUGAAGAGAUUGCUGUUGAAGUGAAGCAUGGAGAGUUUUCAUGGGAAGAUGGAGACAAGGUAGGAUUUAUUAAGGAUAUAAAUUUGGAGAUUAAGAGAGGUUGUUUAGCUGCAAUUGUGGGGACUGUUGGGUCUGGUAAGAGCUCCUUAUUGUCUUGCAUUUUAGGGGAGAUGACAAAGAUCUCAGGAAAGGUGAGAGUGAGUGGAAGCACUGCAUAUGUAGCCCAAACUGCAUGGAUACAAAAUGGGACCAUCCAAGAGAACAUACUGUUUGGUCAGCCCAUGUAUGGAGAGAGGUACAGGGAGGUGAUUAGGGUUUGUUGCCUGGAGACAGACUUAGAAAUGCUGGAAUUCGGAGAUAUGACUGAGAUCGGUGAACGCGGGAUCAAUCUGAGUGGAGGCCAAAAGCAACGAAUUCAGCUGGCUAGAGCUGUAUACCAAGACUCGGACAUCUAUUUCCUUGAUGACAUCUUUAGUGCUGUUGAUGCUCACACUGGUUCACAAAUCUUCAUGGACUGUGUACGAGGAGUCCUCAAAGGGAAGACCGUUUUAAUGGUAACUCAUCAUAUCGACUUCCUGCAUGGCGCCGAUCUCAUUCUGGUGAUGCGCCAUGGAAGGAUCGUUCAGUCGGGAAAAUACACAGAGCUCCUCGAAUCAGGCACGGACUUCAAAGCCCUUGUGUCUGCCCACUCUUCAGCCAUGGAGCUCGUGGAAUCAAGCACACCAUCACAAGGCCACUCUCUCUCAUCAAAAACCAUUUCAAAUCCUAACCCUAGAAGCACUGAGAAUGGCUCCAUGGAGGGCUUUGAGACUACUCAGUUGCAGAAGAAGGAAGGAGUCAAGUUCAUAGAGGAAGAGAAGAGGGAGAAAGGCCGUGUGAGCUGGAGUGUGUAUAAGCUCUAUCUCACAGAGGCCUAUGGCAUGCGGGGAGUGGCUCUAUUGGUUGGCCUUCAAUUGCUUUGGCAACUGUCUUUGGUGGCGAGCGAGUACUAUGUGGCAUUUAAGACAAGAUCGGCCAUGGAUAAGUCAGAGGGUCAUGUGUUCAUAGGGGUUUAUGGGGGGUUGGCCAUUUUGGCUUUAGGGUUUAUGAUUCUGAGGACCUUUUGCAUCGCGGCUGUGGGUUUGAAGACUGCUCAGAUUUUCUUUGAUGGGAUGCUUGGGAGCAUAAUUCGUUCCCCCAUGGCCUUCUUUGAUUCUACACCUUCAGGGAGGAUACUCAGCAGAGCUUCUAGUGAUCAAACAAACACUGACACUAAUAUUCCAUCAUUAUGCGGGUCGACACUUGCAAGUAGCUUUGGUGUGCUAACCCCCUUCAUUGUCAUGUCCCAAGUUGCGUGGCCAACAGUUUUUGUGAUGACUCCAUUAGUUUGGCUAAACUUCUGGUACAGGCAUUAUUAUCUAGCCACCUCAAGGGAGAUUACUCGGCUUGACUCUGUAACAAAGGCACCAGUCAUCCACCACUUCUCAGAGAGUGUAGCAGGAUUUGUCACAAUCCGAUGCUUUAAGAAGGAAGCAGACUUUACACGCAUUAAUUUUGAACGUGUGAAUGCUAACCUACGAAUGGAUUUUCACAACAACGCUUCAAAUGAAUGGCUGGGAUUUCGCCUUGAGAUGAUGGGAAGUAUCAUCUGUUGCUUCUCUGCGCUCUUCAUGGUCAUUCUUCCUUCCAAUGUUGUCAAACCAGAGUUUGUGGGGCUCUCUCUGUCGUAUGGACUCUCUCUAAAUGGUGGACUAUUUGGUUUAAUAUGGGUGAGUUGCUCUUUGGAGAACAGAAUGGUAUCCAUUGAGAGGAUAAAGCAGUACUGCAACAUUGAAGCUGAGGCACCAUGGGAAAUCAAAGGCUCCCUUCCAUCUCCACAAUGGCCAACCCAUGGAAACAUGGAUAUAAUGGACUUGCUGGUGAGGUAUCGGCCAAAUAUGCCAUUAAUUUUGAAAGGAAUCAGUCUUAGUAUCAAAGGAGGAGAGAAGAUUGGUGUGGUUGGGCGAACUGGGAGUGGGAAAUCGACAUUGAUGCAAGUGUUGUUUAGGAUUGUGGAACCAUCAGGAGGAAAGAUUGUAGUUGACCAAGUUGAUAUUAGCACAUUGGGCCUUCAUGAUCUUCGCUCUCGCUUUGCGAUCAUACCUCAAGAACCAGUGCUCUUUGAGGGCACAGUUAGAAGCAACAUUGAUCCUUUGGGGCAUUACACUGAUGAGGAAAUUUGGAAGAGCUUGGAUCGGUGCCAGCUGAAAGACGUUGUGGCUGCAAAAUCUGACCGACUCGACUCUUCUGUGGUUGAUAGUGGUGAAAAUUGGAGUGUGGGUCAGAGGCAGCUUCUUUGCUUAGGGCGAGUCAUGCUCAAGAAAAGCCGCAUUCUAUUCCUUGAUGAGGCAACUGCCUCUGUUGACACACGAACAGAUGGGAUCAUCCAAAGGAUCAUUAGGGAAGAUUUUGUGAAGUGUACCAUAAUCAGCAUUGCUCAUAGAAUACCGUCUGUCAUGGCCUGUGACAAGGUCAUGGUCCUAGAUGCAGGAUUGGUGAAGGAGUUUGAGAAGCCAUCUCGACUGCUAGAACGGCCGUCAUUCUUUGGAGCACUGGUUCAAGAGUAUACCAACCGUUCAUCCAAUCUAUAGAUGGCCAAGAUUCAUCUCUUCACACCCCAAAUGGCCGUAGUUCUAGCAUGAGGCUCAUUUGUGGUCUGACUGUCCCAUAUUCCUAGAUCGCCUCUCCGAUUUAAAGUUUUGACCCGAUUCUAGAUGAAAUCAUGGCGUCAGAAUUUUUUUUUAGUUUUUUAUUUUAUAAAUUAUAUUCUGGAUAUGGUUUUUAUGAGUCCACGUAGAAAUGAGUCAGACUCGCAAAAAUCUAUUUUUGAGAUGGAUUUUCGGAUCCAAUUUUUAAGGAUAUGUAAUCUCUAACAUGGAGAUCAUAA